AUGGGGUGCUGGGUUAUCGGUGACGGAUUGGAUCGAGGCAUCGGAAAAAUCGCUGGAGAGGCUGUGAGUGAAUACAUAGAAGCCUAUGGUGGCGACCGCACUUUAGCCGUCAGCGUUACCCCCAUGAAUGUCCUCAAACAUCGGGAGCUCUUUUACUCUCGCAUGUCACUUGUCCAAUACCCUAGUGAGGCGGAAGAGGAUGAGGAGGACGAGGACGAGGAAAAUGAGGAGCAGCAGGCAGGAACAGGAGUACCUGACAGCGACUCUGCUCAGUCUAGAUCUCGGCGUCUGGAGCCCCAGAAUAUACUAUUGGAUAAAAGCUAUAAUUACCUGAUCUUGCUUGCCAGCGGUUCGGUCACGCCCUCAGAUCCGCAGUACUAUCAAAAUGACCUCAUUCGAACUCGAGUCACGCUGGAACGGACAAUUGCAGUCUGGAGGCCUGUAAGCGCCUUUUUGUUGGCCUUUUUGCUUCAACUGUUUUGA